AUGGGUAGCUCCUGGUGGCAGUGCGCCGCGUGUCUGAGAGCCCAGGAAGAAGACAUCUGCGAGCUGCAGCUGAAUCACUGUAAUCUCUACGAUGUACCACCCGAUGUGUUCAUUUACGAAAGAACGUUGGAAAAGUUGUAUCUCGACGCCAAUAGAAUAAGAGAUCUUCCCAGACCGCUAUUUCAGUGCCACGAAUUGAGAGUACUGUCACUUAGCGAUAAUGAAAUUACUACAUUACCACCCGCCAUAGCGUCGCUGAUCAACCUGGAAUACUUAGAUCUCAGCAAGAACAGUAUAAAGGAGUUACCAGACAGCAUAAAGGAGUGCAAAAGUCUUCGCUCGAUAGAUAUCAGCGUCAAUCCCUUCGAGCGUUUCCCGGACGCUAUAACACAUAUCGUCGGCUUGCGCGAGCUCUACAUAAACGACGCGUACAUAGAGUACCUGCCGGCCAACUUCGGACGACUGUCAGCCUUGAGGACGCUCGAGCUGCGGGAGAACAACAUGAUGACGUUGCCUAAGAGUAUGAGCCGCCUGGUGAACUUGCAGAGGCUCGAUAUCGGCAACAAUGAUUUCACGGAGCUGCCUGAAGUUGUUGGAGAUCUCAUCAAUCUCACGGAGCUGUGGAUCGACGGCAACGACAUCAGGCGUGUCCCGGCGAACGUCGAGCAGCUCUACCGCCUGAACCACUUCGACUGCACGAUGAACGCGAUACACGCGCUCCCGAUGGAGAUACGCGGCUGGCGUGACAUCGCGAUCAUGAAUCUGUCCUCGAACGAGAUGUACGAGCUGCCCGACACGCUGUGCUACCUGCGCACGAUCGUCACCCUCAAGAUCGACGACAAUCAAUUGAACGCACUGCCGAACGACAUCGGCCAGAUGUCGAGCUUAGAGGAGCUUAUAAUCACUAAGAACUUCCUCGAGUACUUGCCGUCUUCGAUCGGCUUGCUACGCAAGCUGCACUGUCUCAACGCGGACAAUAAUUAUCUGCGCGCGCUGCCCGCCGAGAUCGGCAGCUGCACGUCGCUGUCCCUGCUCUCGUUGCGCUCGAACAAUCUGUCGCGCGUGCCGCCCGAGCUGGGCCACCUGUCCUCGCUGCGGGUGCUCAAUCUCGUCAACAACUGCAUCAAGUUCCUCCCGGUCUCCAUGCUGAAUCUCAGUAACCUGAAGGCGCUGUGGCUGAGCGACAAUCAGAGCCAGCCGUUGGUGCCGUUGCAGCAGGAGUUCAAUUGCGAGGAGGACAUGAUGGUGCUGAGCUGCUUUAUGCUGCCACAGAAACCGCGGCAGGACUUGGAGCAAAUAGCGCAGACCGCAGGACCGAUUUCGAGUUCGAUCAUCGGAAACGGCAAGAGGAUAUGUUUCGCUGCUGAGGUAGAUUCCGAAGUCCCCAGGCAACUUCAUCGAGCACCGACCCCUUACCCCAAGGAGCUACGCAACCUCGCUAGGCACGCUCGUAAUCUGCAUCAUCAGUCCAUUCACGAUCAAAGAAGCACACCUUUGUCUGCAACCUCUGUCGAUCGUCACACGGCGAAGAACUACAGCAAGAGCAACAGACCGGCCGAGCCCGGAGCGGCGGAGCACUCGGUGUCCGAGGAGUCGUCCGACGAGGCGAACAAGACCGUGCUGGCGAAGGAGAAGAGCCCGGACAUCCGGGAGGCCAAGUACAUCCGCAAUCCCACGUCCGAUUACGUCGCGAAGACACCGACGGUCGCCGAUUACGUCAACUCCACGUGGAAACCGGACGAGUACUCCAAGGCGAACACGGCGAAGAUAGUGGAGUCCGAGAAGUUCAUCGAGCCCUACAGGACGGCGAUGUCCGCCGACAUGACGGACGGUAAGUGCGGCGACCAGACGCGGGUGUCCGUCGCGUCCAAGUGCGACGUACCGCCGGCCCCGCCGCCGUACCACAUCGCGGCGGCGUUCUCGAAGAAGGCCGCCCUCUUCCAACAGUUUAAUAAUUCGAUCGAAACGGAUGCACAUCUGGCCCCACCACCUUCGUUACCCUUCAACUCGUCCUUAAAUUCGACCGGACCGCUACCGGAUGUAACGAGGCAGAAGAACGCCUACGACGCGGGCGCGGCGGAAUCGGCGAAAGCCGAGGAAUCCGCGUCCGUGUCGUCGGGCGAUCGGGCGAAUCUCUCCAGUUCGAACGAUAAGUCGCCGAUAACGGAUGACGGGCGGACGAUCGGCUCUCUCGAACGGACCGGCGGCGCGGACCAGGAUUCGAGCACACCGAUCCCGGAUCCCGGCGCCGAUCCCGAGCCGAACGACCGCGCCCUCCGGCCGAGCAAGAUUCCCGUUCUCAGGACGAAACACGCGGAGGGCUCGGGCGGUAACGACGCCAGCUCGAGCAGGAGUCCCUCGAGGGAGGAGCACGACGCGGGUAGAACGUUGAACGUGUACUCCGGCAUACCCACGUCGCCGAUCACCGGGAAGAAGUACCGCAGCCCGCUGUCGGCGUCGGCGAAGCCGCUCGACCGACCGAGGAAGCUGACGAACGGGAACGCCGCGCACGACAGUCCGUGCCACGACAACGCCAACGUGCCGGCCGACGCGCCGACGAACGUCGCUUCUCCCGUUCAAACGAGCAGGAGCGUCGUCGACGCGUCGUGCGUCGCUUCUCCCGCCGCCGUCGCUGUCGCCAAGAGCGAGAGCAGCCUGGGCCGAGACACACCGAACCACAGUACGAACGGCAAAUCUCAGGGCGACACGAGCUUCAACGCCGAGGACUUCAAGGAGCAUGCGUGUCCCGCGUCGAACGAGACGCUGGGCUGGGAGAGGAAGCCGAAGUUCAAGUGGAUGUUCGGCCCUCACAAAAACGCGAAUGUGCUGCCUGUUCAAGUGAAGAAGAAUCCAGGUCUCGGUUUCAGCAUAGCCGGCGGGGUAGCGGGCGCAGAGACCGGAAUAAUCGUGACGAAGGUGAAUCCCGACGGGCCGGCCCAGGGUACCCUCCGGCCGGGCGACAAGAUCCUGGAGGUGGACGGCAUCGACUUCACCAAGUCGGACCACAAUAACGCCGUCGCCGUUCUGCGUGCCACCGGUGCUGUUGUAUCCAUGAUGAUAAGUCGCCACCAAUGACCGCGCGUAAGUCACUUCGGAGGAACCAAGAAAAAGGAAAAGGCAAAGGGGAAGGAGACUUUUUCUAAUUCUUUUAGAUCGCGUUACGAUCGCUUUACAUACUUCAGACUGAAUACAUUUUAUAUAUAUAUAGAGCUCUAUAAUACACAUAUACAUAUAUAUUUAAAUAUAUUCUUUAAUCAAAUCCGCAAGUCGAUAAACGUAAAAACGCGUCGCGUUCGCGGGGGAAAGGAAACCCGCCGCGGCGAGCGUCGUCGCCGAAAUCACUCGACGCCGCCGUCGAGUGAAGAUCCCGCGACGACCCUCGGAUGCGGACGGACGAACACGGGACGCGCAUCCCCGUGUGUACAUCUACAUAUAUCUAUGUCGAAUGAGAUUGUAAGACAAAGCUAGGUUAUUCGUACGUUUCGCGAUUACGAACGC